AUGUCAACACUACCUUUUAUAGAAGACACCAAAGGUCAAAAAUGGAAAAGACAAAAGUAUAACAGUUCAGAGUUUCUGGAUAAAAAGGAGUCACUGAUACAGUCAUCGCGUGAACAUACACCAAAUACAACCACAGCAUUGUCAUAUGAUGAAGUCACAGAUGAUUUAGAUGAAAUUAUUGCAUUGAGAGGUGAAGGAAGAUACUUUGGUGUUACUGACCCUGACGACGAGUCGGGUCUUUCAAGACAAACUUUAGGCCCUUUAUGUUCAAAUUGUCAUAAGAGAGGUCAUAUUAGAGCCAAAUGUAAAGUUGUCAUUUGUCACAAAUGUGGUGCUAUUGAUGACCAUUAUGAAAGUCAAUGUCCAACAACUAUUAUUUGUGCAAGAUGUGGUGAGAAAGGUCAUAUUGUACUGUCAUGUAAAAGUAAAGUCAAAAAGAGACAAUAUUGUCGUCUGUGUGAUACUUUCAAACAUAGUGAUGAAAAUUGUCCAAGUAUAUGGAGAAGUUAUAUUAUCAAACCAUCCCAGUCCGGUGACGAUGUCAGAGAUGCGCUACCAAGAAUUUACUGUUAUAAUUGUGGUUCCGAUGAGCAUUAUGGUGAUGAAUGUUCAGAACAAAGAAAAUCCAGAAUACCUAAUCUUGGAAGUGCUUUCAGUGGGAACAAUUUACCUAAAGAGUUUCGAGAAUUGUAUUUCCUACGGUUAAGAGGAGAGGGUCGAAAGUCGGAUAAUCCAUAUUUGCAUAACUAUGGUGAAGAAGCUUAUGAUCCAAACCGUAACAUCAAAUCUGCAUCUGGAUUUGGCAAAAAGGAUUUUAUAAACAGAAAUAACAGCCAACCUGUGAAGUCCGGUGUUCUUCCAAAAAGAAAUAUUGCUUUCCCUAGAGGUCCAAGAACACAGUUUGAUAAUGGAAAUAAUGGAAAUAAUGGUUCUGCUACCAAAUCAGGUGGCAGCUUCCUUAAGGCAUUAAAUGAAAAAACCAAGAACAAGAAGAGAAAAGUGGACCCAAAGCCACUUUAUACACAACCAACCAGAUCCGGCACAAUUAACAGAAAUGGAAAUUUCAACGGAAGAAACAAUGGGUCUACUUAUAAGGGUAGUUCGUAUGUUUCUGUUGGUAACUCAAAACCAACAAGAUCGGGGUUAAUUGCUGAUAGAAAAAAUCAAAACACAAAGAGAAUGAAGUAUUAG